UGUAGAGGAGGACUGGAGGAGGAAGACGAAGACAGGGAAGGCAUCGGAGAAGCUGCAGAGCUGACGACGAGAAGCAUCGCUCCCCGUCUUCCCCGCUCGUCGCGGGCGCAAUCCGGGAGGUUGGCGGCCGCGUCUGGGUUCGAGGAAGAGGCGGCGGUUCGGUGCUCUCGCCGCCCUUUCGGAUCCUGCUCGUGCUCGGUUUGAAUCAGGCAGAGCUUAGCAUGUCUGACGUCAACCCAAACUCUGACAGUGCGUGUGGCCUGGUGGCAUUUCCAGGGAUAGUAAAGUUGACGAUCUCAUAAGAGAUGGAACCAUCAAGAAAUCCUGGACCAUGGCAAUGCACCAUUUGCGAACACGGAAAUGAUGCAAGACAUUCAUCAUGCGAGCAAUGCGGUGUUCUUCGAGAUUUCUCGCUGUAUUUCAAUAAUGCCCUUGAAGUGGAUGGCAGAGUUAAACGGAGAGGCAUGCAUUCUACGGUAUCUGUACUGGCAAGAACUCUUUUCUCACCAUCCAGUGCAAAGUCAAAAGAUGUUGUUUUCUCUGGUGGCUUUAAAGUUAGCAGAACUGCAACAGGAAAUACACAAGCUACGUUGGAUGCUCUUCAUAGGACAUAUAUGACCCGUAAAGAACGUCGCAUUAACAUAGUGCCUUUCAAGUUUGAUACACCAUCUCCUGAUGACAUGGUUGCUACAGGACUAAAAUCAUCAAGAAGUAUUAGAAAAGUUGACACAGAUGCUCCAUGCAUUGAUGUCCAUAUUGCUGAAAAGAAGGUGAUGGAUAAUGAUAGUUUUAUUAUAACCGAGAAGGAUACAACUGCAGACCUGAAUUCGCUUGUAAAGUCGAAUGGAUUUGGUGAAAGUAAGAAUGUUUCUGUUGAUAGUGAAAAUAAAACACUUAUUUUGGACCAUGAGCUACAGCAGUUGAGUUUGGAGAGGAAGCUGCAAAAAAGUAAACCCAAGAUUAAAAAGCCAGUAUCUUUAUCACUGUACAAGCCAGAACCAUGGAUGCUCCAACAUGAAGAUGAAGAUAUACCUACACAAUUAAAUAUUUCUAUUGUUGGUCAUGUCGAUUCUGGGAAAUCAACUCUAUGUGGUCGUUUGUUACAUUCGCUGGGGAAGAUUUCAAAAAAGCAAAUGCAUAAAUAUGAGAAGGAAGCUAAAGAAAAGGGGAAAGGAUCAUUUGCAUAUGCUUGGGCAAUGGAUGAGAGUGCUGAUGAAAGGGAGCGUGGAAUUACAAUGACUGUCGGUGUUGCAUACUUUGACACUAAAAAUUACCAUGUUGUUUUGCUGGACGCCCCCGGUCACAAAGAUUUUGUUCCUAAUAUGAUAUCUGGAGCAACACAGUCUGAUGCAGCUGUCCUAGUUAUUGAUGCUUCUAUAGGAUCAUUUGAAGCGGGUAUGGGCGUCAAUGGGAUUGGACAGACAAAGGAGCACUCACAGCUUAUUAGAAGCUUUGGUGUGGAUAAUUUGAUAGUUGCUGUUAACAAGAUGGAUUCAGUGGGAUAUUCAAAAGAGCGAUUUAAUUUUAUCAAAUCACAGCUUGGUACUUUUCUGCGGUCAUGUGGUUAUAAAGAUUCAGCAAUUGCCUGGGUUCCAAUGAGUGCAAUGGAAAAUGAAAACCUGAUGGCAGCAGCGUCAGAUACUCGUCUAUCAUCAUGGUAUGAUGGAAAUUGCCUUCUGAAAGCCAUUGACACAUUACCGCCUCCUUAUCGUGACAUUUCAAAGCCACUACGCCUUCCAAUUUGUGAUGUCAUUUCAUCACAUACAUUGGGGCAAGUUGCAAUUGGUGGUAAACUAGAGGUUGGAGCAAUCCAAAGUGGUUCUAAGGUCCUCGUCAUGCCUUCCGCUGAGUUAGCUGUGGUAAAAACUAUCGAGCGGAAUUCCUAUGGUUGCAAUUUAGCAAGAGCUGGGGACAAUGUUGCUAUUGGUUUGCAAGGGAUCGACCCUAGCCAUGUCAUUUCUGGAGGAGUCAUUUGCCAUCCAGAUUACCCGGUUUCCGUGGCUUCUUGUUUGGAGCUGAAAAUACUGGUUCUAGAUAUCACUGUACCAAUACUGGUUGGGCUGCAGUUUGAGCUCCACAUUCAUCACGCGAAGAUGUCUGCAUGCAUGGUGAAAAUAGUGUCGUUGCUGGAGCAGAAGACCGGCAAGGCCUCAAAGAAGAGACCGCGGUUUCUCACCUCGAGACAGACUGCUGUAAUCGAAGUGAAGCUGGAGAAAGAGGUUUGCGUGGAAGAAUUUUCAAACCUGAAAGCUCUGGGCCGAGUUUUCCUACGAUCGCAAGGAAACACCAUCGCGGUGGGCAUUGUGAGCCGAGUCCGGGAACAGGCUUAGGUUCCAGCUGUUAAACAAACAUAAUGUGUACAAGCUGUAUUAUCUCUGGUAGAUCGUUCAGUACCACGAUAGUGAGAGCGCUAGUUAUUCACAUCGAGGUAAAAAGGGUCUGGUCAUGAAACAGUAACAGAACAUCACCGUACUAACUUGGAGCUAACUUGGAGGUUCAAUUGUGUCAGCUAGAAUAUCCUGCACGUACUCACUUAGCUAGACCGAAAGUUUGAAACAGAUUGUUGGGUAGGCUAUUAUUACGGAUUAUCUAGAGGAAUUUAAAUAUAAAUUAAAU